AGGAGGAGGACGACGAGGACGAGGUGGAGGAAGAGGAGGAGGAGGCAACGGUAGCGGCGGCAUAACCUCCAAGCACCGAGAGACCGACGAAGCUGAGUUUCGUGUCGCGCGCGCGUCACGAAAAUAUCCAUUCCCCCUUGCCCUCUUCUUCUUCUUUUUUUCCGUUCGUUGCGUUUUUCGGACGACGACGACGACGACGACGACGAGGACGAGGACGACGAGGACAAGAACGUGAACGCGUUUGCCGAAGAAGAACAUCGUUCUAUCGUUCGUUAAUUGUUCGUGAAAUCGUGAAAUCGUGUAUCAUACAAAGGGAUUUAUUAUUUUCUUUUUUCCUUACUCGGCUCCUAUUCUCAUUCUAUUUGAAUUAUAUUAUAUGUAUAUCGGUGUCUCUCUUUGGGCUUCCAUAACGUCUCGUGUGCUAGCGAGAAAAGAAAAAGGAACACGUGUUAAAACGAUCAAACGACGAAAUUAAUACGAACGAAAGGAAGAAUUCUAAUAAUAUUAAUUAAAAUAAACGUGAUCGUCGUUAUAUAUAUACGCGUUAGGUUAUAAACGCGAAUACCGGUUAUUAUUUAUCUUAGUGCUUGGCGAAACGGUUGAUGGAUGAGACUGGCAGGAUGCUGCAGCACGGAGGUUCGGGUGUCGGUUUGAUGGGAGCUAACCAGGGUCAGGGGGCCCAAAAUACAGCCGGUUACGGCACUAUGGGACCGGUUGAUGGUUCCGCCGCCCAAGGUCCCGACCAAGCUGUCGAGGCUAGAAAACAGGACAUCGGCGAGAUAUUACAACAGAUAAUGAACAUCACCGAUCAAAGUCUGGACGAGGCACAAGCAAGGAAACACACACUGAAUUGCCACAGAAUGAAACCUGCCCUGUUCUCGGUACUCUGCGAGAUCAAAGAGAAAACAGUACUAUCGUUGAGAAAUACGCAAGAAGAGGAACCACCAGAUCCGCAAUUAAUGAGGCUGGACAAUAUGUUGAUUGCUGAGGGUGUGGCAGGUCCAGAAAAAGGUGGCGGUGCGGGGGCUGCGGCGUCGGCAUCGGCAGCUGCUGCUGCUGGACCACCUGGACAACCUGACAACGCGAUUGAACAUUCGGAUUACCGAGCAAAACUCGCUCAGAUUAGGCAGAUCUAUCAUCAGGAACUUGAGAAAUAUGAACAGGCAUGCAACGAGUUCACGACUCACGUUAUGAAUUUACUGAGGGAACAGAGUCGUACCAGGCCUAUAACGCCGAAGGAAAUUGAAAGAAUGGUUCAAAUUAUUCACAAGAAAUUUUCGAGUAUUCAGAUGCAAUUAAAGCAAUCGACCUGCGAGGCAGUUAUGAUUUUGAGGAGUCGUUUUCUUGACGCAAGGCGUAAAAGACGGAACUUCAGUAAGCAGGCGUCUGAAAUCUUAAACGAGUACUUCUAUUCGCACUUGAGUAAUCCGUAUCCAAGCGAAGAGGCCAAAGAGGAACUCGCACGCAAAUGUGGAAUCACCGUGAGUCAGGUUUCCAUUUGGUUCGGCAACAAGAGGAUACGCUACAAGAAAAACAUAGGUAAAGCGCAGGAGGAGGCGAACUUGUACGCAGCCAAAAAGGCAGCUGGAGCAUCGCCGUACAGUAUGGGUGGUGCCAGCCAGGGUACACCAACGCCAAUGAUGUCACCGGCACCACCAGGCGGGCCCCAAGAUAUGGCGGGAUACGGAAUGGGAAUAAAUGGUAGUGACUAUGGUUCGCAGCCUUACAACGACGGUUCCAUGGGUUAUGAUCCUAUGCACCAGGGCAAGGCAUUGGCUGGGGGGCCAGGCGCGACGGGAUGGAUGCAGCAACGCGAGGCUGUUCCCGAAUUUCCGCCGCUCCACGAUUCUGCGGACUCUGAUUCCGACCGAGAAAAUGAAAAGCGACCGCGCGUCUAAAACGAUCGAUCGUUUUCUUCUCGACAUCUUACGUAUACGUACAGUACAUACAUAGGUAUACAAUAUAUACCGGUGAUGAGUAAGAGAGAGAGAGAGAGAGAGAGAG